GUAGCCAAACAUAUAAAACAGAAGGACUUUCAGAAAAUGAGAGAAACUCAAGUUGACCGAGCUGACUGCCAACAAUCUAUCAACGUGACCAGCGCAACUUCAGCAUAACGGCUCAUCAAAGGCUAUGGCAGGACGUACUAUGACUGUAGUACCAUGGGUCAUCAUGCUCCUCUGUGUUAUUCUACCGAGAGUGAAUGGUCUCACCUCCUUCCAUGAAUUCUACAUGGUUGUUAAGGGGGACAGUUUGGUGACUCUGACAUGUCCCACGGCAUUCUCUGGCGCUAUGACGUGGAAGUACGAUACUGAGGAUUUAGACAAAACUCAGGUCCAAGGCCAUAACCUGAUACUGAAUGAGGUGGACUGGUAUGGAGAAUACAGCUGUUGGGAUGGAGACAGGAAACUAGGAUCCAUCUAUCUACUGGAGGAGCUGGUCCCGGAGGAACAGGAUGAUUAUUUAAUCAGCUGUCGGGCCAAGUCUUAUGGCUGCACCUUUAACUGUAGCUGGACCAGCAGUGAAUUCACAGCUGUCCGUCUUGGGCUGGGCCAUGACUGUACUGACAGCCAGGAAUCUUGCACCUGGGUAUACCCAACGACCAGCCUCCAAGAUGGAGGGUUGGAGUUUGAAUUGACACAUUCGCUUUCACCCUACACUGAGGAGGCCGCUCCCCUAGUGGUCACUGUUGAGGCCAUCACCAAGCAGGAGUACCUCAGGAAGACUAAGAGGUUCUACCUACACGACAUUGUCCAGCCAGACAGUCCUGCAGGGAUGAAGUGCCAGGUGAUGGAUCAGAGAUUGAAGGUGAAAGUAGAACCACCAGCCACCUGGAACUGUCCGCCCAGCUACUUCCCUCUGGAGCACCAGAUAGGAUACAUUUUUAAAGACAACGGAAAGGAGGAGCACUCUAUGAAUCCUCUCAUACCGAGAGGGGUCAGUAAGCUGAGGGUCCGCUCCAGAGACCCCCUGGUCCCUUCCCCCUGGAGCCAGUGGACCCCCUGGAAAAAUGUGGUUACGGGAGGCAAAAAGGAGGAGAAAUGCAAAAAGAAACGCAAAGGAAAAGAUAGCAUCUGCUGCAAGACAGAAAAAAAGAAGGGGACCAAGACUAAGUCGAGAUCUGCAUUCAUUGCUAAUGAAUAACGGACAUCGUGCUCUCUAUUGUCAUAUCACUGUCUGUUUCUGGGAUCUAGACAGUUAAA